AUGAUACAAGAAAUGCAUAUUUAAGUGUUAGCUAACUUACAUAAAAAGAAGGUAACUUCAAACUAAACGUGGUUACUCUAAAUGGUAUCUUUGGAGCAACUAUUAAGCUUACAUUUUCAUCAGAAAUAAUAAAGUUUCCUGAAUAUGAUCAAAUUACAGGAGAAAUUAUUUCAUAUAACUCUGUUUUCAAUAGCUUAGAAUUAGUUGUUUAAUUUGUUUACAGCUGUGAAUUAGGUUAAUAACAUUAUAAAUAGUAAAAUUUUGAUUUUUGUUAGAGAUGCGAUAACCCAUUUUACAAUACCUAUCCUGGAUAAACCUGUAUAAAAUGCCCUGACUAUGGUGGAAUUUGUGAUGGUGGGAUGA